AACGAUCAUGUUUGGUUACGGAAUCGCCAUCGAGGUGACCUUGUUCCCUAACGCCACUAUUGCCGAGCAUGGCGCCAAGAAUCUUCUCCGCCGACCGGUCUGGCAACUGUUCGGAGAACUCUUACUGACGAAAUCGAAGGAUCACAGGAAUGUGCCAGCAAUCGGACGGAAAUGGACGAGUAUCAGAAGAUGUGUCCUAGCCCUUUGGGUCGGAGGCUAGCUCCGGCCAUGACAGCUAUUUACAUGUUUAUCACAAACGUUCUGCUACUCAAUCUACUAAUUGCCAUAUUCAGCUCGACGUACAGAAAGGUGGAGAACAGCGCCGUCCGUUACCUGAACUAUGAGAGUUACCGCCUGGCCAUGGAGUUCGCUGUUCGCUCUUACUUCCCCCCGCCCUUGUCUCUCAUUGGUAACAUCUUCACACUUGUCAGGCGCUGUCUCAGGUGUAAAGGAAGCACGUUUGAAGAACUGGCCCAAGACAUCCACAGUCAGGCCAUUGACGAAGGAAUGGAGACGUACAAAACCAAAGAGGACCUGAAAUGGGAAGAGACGAUGCAGGACCGCUACCUUGAGAAAAUCGAGGAGCGAGAACUGACCAUCGGAUCUGCUGGCUAUGAUGAGAAGUACACAAUGUCUACACUACCCAGACAAUCCAACACAUUCUCCUGGGCGAAGAAAGAGAGUAUGAUUUAUCAGGACAUGACGGCCUCGUCAGACGAUUUCAUCUCCUUCAGAAGAAUCUUUCUCAGACAGAUGGCUGACCUCAGUGAUAGAUUACAAAGAGUCGAGUCUCAGAUACAAGCCAAUGCCCGGGAUAUCAAGAUGACGCUAAACCACUGUACGCAAAACGGUGGUCGGGCAACUCUGAGACGGAACAGAUACGCUGACAAAGGCAGACAAUAUUCUGACGACUGCUAGGUGAAAGAACAAAUGCUCCUAUUUAUAUGGACUUCUCCCAUAUGGUUGGGAGAUAAAGUGUAAUAGGGUGUUUUUCCUAUAGUGUAGGGCUUUAUGGCUCAUUGGUACACGACAGUUUGAAGUAGGCCUACAGGUCGUUACCAGAAUCGUUGCCGUGUGGUUGGGUGAAGUUCAUGAAGCGACAACCAUAUUAAGAACUACGCCGAAACGUUUUCGUGGAAUUAACCAAAGAGAUGUUAUCCAUAAGAAAGCCACAUCCGUGUCAUUAAUAGGCGAUUACCUGAUGGUGUCUGUGAACUGAUGUGUUAUGUUUUGUCCACUCUUGUAAGACAGGCAUUCUAGAGUGUGAAUUCCCUAUCCGUGCUACUGCAUCAGAAACAAAACCGAUCUUGAAGUUAGUGACGUAGGUUGUGGGACAAAAUCAGGUCACCUACUAAUCGCAAAACGCUGCCAGUUCAUCGAAAUCGUCACGGAGAUCUACUUUUGUCUUUAUUUCUUCAUCUCGAAACGAUUAGAGAGGCCUGUUUAGCUAUUCUCUCGUCGUGAACCAGGCUUCAUCAUUUAGUAUGAUUAGGAUCUGCUUGAGUUGUGUGCGUUUUGCUGUGCGUCACAAACCUGACGUAAAUGUGACCAGUUCACUAGUGAAAUCCACGGCCUUCUUCAAUGUGCCAACUUCCAGAAUGUUCAACGUUUUGACAUUUCCCCGUGAUGCUAAAAUGAGACCCUGUAACAUUAUGAGGAAUGCGUACAAUGUGAGGAGAUUUCCCCAUCGCCGGUGAUGCUGUAUAGCUCAUCAGACAGAGGGUGUGAGCUACGCCAUCUGGAGCAUCUACAAUGUGAUAAUACAGUUCUAAUACUUCGUUAGACUUUUGCGCCGUAUCUGCGUUAUUCUUGAUGGAGUCCCUGUCUUGCCAAAUGACUUAUAAGUAGGACUUCACCAAUGUCCCUGAUGGAGUGCAUGUCUUGCACAGACGAGACUUGUCUGUAGGAUUUUAGCAGUGUUGUUGAUGGAGAGGAUGUCACCGACUACAGGCCACAUUUUGCUCGAAUACAUAGCUAUACCCAUGUUCAACCUGCAAUUUUCAUCAUACAUUAACGCCUCAGUGCAAAAACAUUUUGAAAUUUUUAGCGUGGGAUAAAAAUAUGGAGAUUUUCUGCUAUAGGUUACACACUCUUCCUUCGACAAAGCACUGGAGAACUGGAGCACCUAUAACGCCAUUUGGUGGCGAGGACACGGUUUGUCCAUAAAGGAAGGAGGGAAAUCGUCUUACAAAGGGUGUGAGACUUGGUUGUGUAUUUUCCAGAGGAAAAAUGGCUUGCUCUGUUUACCUCUUCUUCUUCAUACUAUAACACAAGAUGAGCCACCCACACCCUUACACAAGAUUAGACAUCCAUACCCUUACACAAUAUAAACCAUCCACACCCUUAAACAAAAUGAAACAUCCAUACCCUUACAUAAGAUUAAACAUCCAGACCCUUACACAAGAUGAAACAUCCAACCCUUACACAAGAUGAAACAUCCACACCCUUACACAAGAUGAACCAUCCACACCUUCACACAAGAUGACACAUUUAUACUUUACACAAGAUGAAUCAUCCAUACCCUUACACAAGAUUAAACAUCCACACCCUUACACAAUAUGAACCAUCCACACCCUUACACAAAAUGAACCAUCCAUACCCUUACACAAAAUGAGCCAUCCACACCCUUACACAAGAUGAAACAUCCAGAACCUUACACAAUAUGAAACAUCCAGACCCUUACACAAGAUGAAGCAUCAACACCCUUACACAAGAUGAGCCAUGCAUACCCUUACGCAAGAUGAACCAUUCACACCCUUACACAAGAUGAACCAUCCACACCCUUACACAAGAUGAACCAUCCGCACCCUUACACAAAAUGAAACAUCCACACCCUUACACAAGAUGAGCCAUCCACACCUUCACACAAGAUGAAACAUCCACACCCUUACACAAGAUGAACCAUCCACACCCUUACACAAGAUUAGCCAUCCACACCUUCACACAAGAUGAAACAUCCACACUCUUACACAAGAUGAGCUAUCCACACCUUCACACAAGAUGAAACAUCCACACUCUUACACAAGAUGAACCAUCCACGCCUUACACAAGAUGAAACAUCCACACCCUUACACAAUAUGAACCAUCCACACCCUUACACAAGAUGAAGCAUCAACACCCUUACACAAGAUGAGCCAUGCAUACCCUUACGCAAGAUGAACCAUUCACACCCUUACACAAGAUGAACCAUCCACACCCUUACACAAGAUGAACCAUCCGCACCCUUACACAAAAUGAAACAUCCACACCCUUACACAAGAUGAGCCAUCCACACCUUCACACAAGAUGAAACAUCCACACCCUUACACAAGAUGAACCAUCCACACCCUUACACAAUAUGAACCAUCCACACCCUUACACAAGAUGAAACAUCCACGCCUUACACAAGAUGAAACAUCCACACCCUUACACAAUAUGAACCAUCCACACCCUUACACAAGAUGAACCAUCCACACCCUUACACAACAUGAAACAUCCACACCCUUACACAGGAUGAACCAUCCACACCCUUACAUAAGAUUAAACAUCCACACCCUUACACAAGAUGAAACAUCCACACAAGACGAACCAUCCACACCCUUACACAAGGCGAACCAUCCACACCCUUACACAAGAUGAAUCAUUAACACAAAGGUAUCCAUAUUUUAACAUAGCUUUGAGCAAAUAUAUUUUGAUAUUACCGUAAAUGAGACUAAUAUUUACGCAACUAUUUAUAACAUUAUGUUUAACGGAACAUUAUAGCUACAAUGCAAUAUAAAUGUACAUGUACCCGUACUCAUACGAGUUUUACGUGCCUUAAGGUGAUAAUCUACUCUGUAAGUUUACUCCCUGGGAACAGUAAUUUCGCAGUUUUAUAUUAAUGAGCAAAUCUGACCGUUUCUGUUUAUAAUAUUUACAUGUUUAGCAGCGCACUGAAGGGGCGCAUUUUUAGACUUUUUUUGACAUCGGUUUUAAGAUAUCUGGAAUGUUUUACGAAACUUUAUUUACUUCAUUUUAGCUAAACACUUUAUAAACUUUGAGAUGGAAUUAUUUGUAAUGCAGAAUUAAUGUUACCAGCUGUUUUGUGAAGUUUUGAAAAGUGCGCAGCUGUAUAAUAUUUUCAAACGGGAUACUAUAUAUCUGAAAAUCAUCAUAUAUUGUUAAACUCGGCGUACAGAGAAGCAGAAGACCGAACUCAAGUCAACCCGACUGUUUCGUCGCACUCCUAUUUGCCAAAUAACGACGCCACUCAACUUGAGAUGUACUCCAGUAGUUAUGUGCAUGCCGGUUCCGUGCGAAGUCCUGUGGCCAUUAGCAUACAACUAGUUGAGUUUGAAACGAAUCGCGUCUUAAAGACGCAUGUAUGCGGAGAUUUAGUCAAUGUUUCGUGACGUUUUAUAAAAUUACGAUUAAACAUCUGGAUUUAUGAACGCACUAGUUUGAUACAUCUCCAAAGAAACAAUGUGUAAACAGUAGGCCUAUGAUUUCACAAAAACUGUAGAUUUAUAAACUCGGUAUGCUGAUAAUCAUUCCAAACACAUUUUUCACUUCGUAAUUCGAUAUCGCAGGACAAUCCUGGGUAAGACUUUUACCCUUUUAGGCGCUGUGUUAACAAACCUUGUUACUGCUAUGCACAUAUAUCACAACUGGUGAACAUGUUUAUUAAUCAUAUAUACCAUAUGAAUGCUAUUAUUAAAUGCGAUAAGUGAUAGUUGAUAAAAUAUAAUUAAAUAUAGAAUUAUUAAAUUUACUUUUGAUACACACACUUUUGGGAUUGUCGAACAUUUUUAUACAUAUUUUUUGAUUUUCGUACAAAGAUUCAGAUCCCUGACUGUCAAUGUUGCAUCAGUAUUAAAACAUUACGUUCGAUGAAUAAACGCGC